AUGAGUUCUUUGGUCGAGCAGCUUGCGAUCCUAGUCGACAAUUAUUCACCAUGUGAUGUAUCAGAUGCUCUAAUCAAACUACAAAGCACACCAGUGGGCGAGGUUCCGCGUGCAGGCUUUCUGGCCGACUUGAUUCCCUUUUCACCCAUUACAGGACGAAACGAAACCACACCCAAGAUUGCCGCCCCGGCAACAACCUUUAAGUUUUUAACCAAAGAUGCUAGCCCUCCAUCUAUCGCAACAGAAAAUCCCCAGAAGCACGGGUUCCCGCCGGGCAAGCAUUGGGUAGACCAUGUCGGCGAGUUCGAAGCCUCUGAUCAAUCAGGCGCGGGCUCUAUCGUUGUCAUCGAGCAGCCUGAAGGGCAGUACUGCGCUGUGACGGGUGGGAUCAUGGCGACUCGGAUGAAGGCUGUCGGUAUCAAGGCAACUGUUGUCGGCGGCCGAGUCAGGGAUUUGAAAGAGUUGAAGGCGACAGGUCUCCCGAUCUGGGCUCGAGCCAGCUCCACUGUUGGAACUAAUGCCGAGGCUAAAGCGGGUGCUCGGGAUGUACCAAUCUCAAUCGCAGGUGUUACUGUUUCUCCAGGUGACAUUAUCUUCUGUGAUCCACUGGAAGGAGUGGUGGCCAUUCCCCGCGAGCUUCUCGAUCAGGUGCUUGAGCUCAUGCCUAAAUUGACUGCAAUGGAUGACCAGGCAAAGGAGGCCGUUGCAAACGGAAUGAGUGUUACUGAUGCCUUCAAAAAGUUCCGCUCAUAG